GCGGCGUAACAGAACUUGCGAGUUGAAAUCAAAAAUUGGUUGAAAGGUGCAGGAAUUUUGCUUCGCUAGGACCCGUUCCGCUACCCUUUGAGCCCAGCUUUCUCGGCUGUAGCUUCUCUUGGGAUUAUCACCAUCUCUGCGUGCAGGUUUUGCACGGAACUGCGGGAGGGUGUUUUGAGUUGAAUAUUUCAACAAGAAAUCAUCAAAAAACAAAUCAACAAUGGCACCAACUUUGAAGACUGCCGAAACGCGCCGGAUCUGGCUCGUCGGCACAAUGGUGAUCGAGAACUUGUUUUUCUCGGCGGUGUUGCUCGGCUGGAGUUCGCUUCUUCCAGUCCUACUCGAGGAGGGAUUUUACAGCAAUGUCUGCCCCCAAUCAAUGCCCGGUGGUGGGAAUGGAACAGACUUCCCUUCAAACUCAUCCGAAAACUACGACGACGCAAUGUACGACAUGAACUAUACCCUCCCGGUUACAGAGUCGGGCUAUCCUCGCUGCGGCAAGCAGGACGAGAAACUGAAUUUGGCGUUCACCGUUGGUUCUUUCCUUCUAAGUGGACUGACAUUCCCGAUUGGGCUGGCCAUGGACAAGUUCGGCUCCAGACUACUCAGGAUACUUGGAUCGUUCAUGUUCAUUGUGUCUUGUUUGCUGUUUGGAUGGUCAACAGUGGAAACCUCAUGGCUGUUGUUCCCUGCCGUUGCGCUGAAUGGCGUAGGUGGCAUCAUGGUGACCUUCACGUCCUUUCAGGUCGCUAACUUGUUUCCAGCGAAGCGUUCCACCAUCAUCAGCUUCAGUAUAGGAUCGUAUGCAUCGGCUGCUAUUCUCUUCCUCAUAUUGAAGGUUUUGUAUGAUCUUGGGCUUUCAAGGCAGUACAUUUUCACAGGAGUUGCCAUAGCGACUCUCUUCGUUGUUGUCAACUGCAUCAUUAACGUCCCCAUGGAGCCCAUCCCGGAUCCUGAAGAUGCCAAAUUUGGAAUCCACUUCAACAUCUUGCGAGCUGACCACAAAGUGACUGGAAAGCAAUUUUACUCCAUUGUGUCUUCCGUUGGUCGCCGUCUGAGUGUCGACGAAGAAAAACCACCAGCGGAGAUUCUCCUAAGGAAAGGCAGCAAGAUUUACUCAUCACAACACAACCUUGAGCUUCAACUCAACCUAGAAGUCAUCAAGAAGAAGGCAAAGAAGUCCUCCAAGGAUCGUUCUCUCAUCGGCAACGUCUUCACUCCCCUCUAUCUCCUCUCUCUGGUCGUCAUGUGCAUCACUCAGCUGCGUCUCUUGUUUUUCAUCGGAUCGCUCACAUCUAUGUUGGAGGGUAUCACGGGCGGAGACACUGAUACAGUGAAUAGUUUCAUCUAUAUAUUCGGUAUUCUGCAACUGAUGUGUCUAGUCACAUCUCCCCUCAUCGGUUCUGUCAUGGACUACAAAAUCAAAGAGACACUAGAUAACCUUAAAGGCAAUAAGCGCAAGAACAGCGUCAACAAACGUGCUAUGUCCAUUUCCAGCAAGGCCGGCGACGACAACGUAUUCAGCGAGGAACCGAACGAUAUUGUUAAACCCAUCACCCGUAAAUUCAGCCUUCCCGAAAUGAAUAAGCCGAACAUGUUAGGAAACUUUAUUCGCAACAAGAGUUUUGAUCUCGGAAGAGACAGGCUGGGAUCGUGGAAAUCGCGUCUGUCGAGCACGGACAGCAACGGGUCGGACACCAUUGAUGGAGAGAAACCACCGAUGAGUUUGAAGAUACGCAAACUGCUCAAUGGGAGUUACGCCUUUGGGAUAACUAACACCUUGCUCAUGUUCUUUGGCGUUACCGUCCUCGUCCCAAGCCUAAAUGUACAGAUUAUUAGUUUUAUUUUGCACACAAUCAUCAGAGGUUUCAUCCAUUCAGCGUGCUGUGGUCUUUAUGCAAUCACGUACCCAGCAUCUCAAGUAGGCAGUUUAAUCGGUCUACAGUCCCUCAUCUCAGCCUGUUUCACCCUCUUGCAAUACCCCAUCUUUGUCGUCAUACAGGGACCUCUAGCUGGAGACCCAUUCUAUGUUAAUGUGAUUCUUCUCGUCAUGUCAGUUCUUAACUUUGGUAUGCCAGUCUACAUGAUCUACUUUGCAAAGAAACUAAGAAAGAGGCAGAAGAGAGAGGCAGUGGCUGGCGACAAGCAAACCCUCCUCACAUCCAGACCCUCCAAGAACAUCUUGGACCCCGUACCAGAAGACGUCUGAAGCGACAGUGAACUUGAUGAUGUGAUUACUAAGACAUAAACUGAAAAAACUAAAAACAGUGCAGGGUAGUGCGUUGUAUGUAGUAUUGUCGAUGGCUGAUGUGGAUCAUGCCUAGUGCGGUCGUUGGCUCCAAGAGGCGUCGGCGGUAUCAUGCUACAUCCCUGCCGAUAAGCUCGUCAAAGUUUCUAA